AUGAGUGGAAAAGACGAAGGUUCUGAUGGGUCCAACAUUGGAGGAUUCAUCUUCUUGCUGAACAACAUUCCAUUAUAUUUUAAGCCAGAAGAGGAAAUUAGUGUGCUGCGGUCUCCACUUCUAAAUGUUGCUGCAACUUACAUUUUGCCACUGGAACAAAUUUUAUCAAGUAGACUCAAUGCUGCUGGCUUUAUACGUAAUAUCUAUGUCAAUUUUGGACCAAGGGGUUGCUGUGAGCUCAACCCCAGUACAAAGCCAGUCACUGAAUUAGCGAAAUUUGCAGAGCAACUGCGUCACUUAUUACAAGAUGGAAUAAUAUAUAACCCCGAGAAUGGUGAAGUGGCUUGUCGGAUGUUCACCAACUUGUCAAGCUUAGUGUCCACUCUGCCUGCAAACUGUAGAAAAAUAGGCUGCAUGCAUGGAACUGGUUCCCUUGCCCAAGGGCCCAUCAUGGACUUUACAAACUAUAUCGAAGCUGCAUCUGAUGAUCAAACUCUUGUGUUUGUGAUUGGUGUGGUUGACCCUGAAAUUCACUCAUACAUUGACGAUUUUGUGAAAGUUUGUGAUUAUGAUCUAGUUGCCACUUAUGGCUUGACUAAGGUCAUCUCAGCGGUGGAGAUUAAAGUGGGUCUUGUUUAA